AACAUGCGAGCUUCUAUCAUUCAGCACUGCUUUCAUUUCUAAAUCUGAAAGUGUAAAUUAGCUAUCGGCUCAAUAUUUCUACCAGCUAGCAAUGUCCAAAAUCAAGAACAUAAUUUGGCCUCAAAUCAUAUUAUUUGGCGACUCAAUCACACAGGUUUCAUUUCAACCUAAUGGAUGGGGUUCCGAAAUGGCAAAUAAAGUAGUCGGAAAAUGUGACGUUGUGAACAGAGGGUUGUCAGGCUACAACUCCAGGUGGGCAAAGGUUGUCCUGCCUCGCCUCAUCUCCAAGGAAAAUGCUUCAAGCAACCACAUAGCUGCUGUCACCGUCUUCUUUGGAGCCAACGACUGUGCUUUAGAAGAUAAGAACCCACAGCAGCACAUCCCAUUGCAGGAGUACUCCGAGAACCUGAAGGACAUAGUCAAACACCUGGGGUCUGUGGGUGUGUCUGCAGACAAGGUCAUCUUCAUCACUCCUCCACCUCUGCAUGAGCCAGCAUGGGAGAAAGAGUGUGUCCUGAAAGGUAGUGCUCUGAACCGUCUCAACUCUGUGGCGGGCCAGUAUGCCCAGGCCUGUGUGCAGGCUGCAGGUCAGUGUGGGGCAGAUGUGCUGGACCUCUGGACUCUCAUGCAGAAAGAUGGACAGGACUUCACAGGCUACCUCUCAGACGGGCUCCAUCUCUCUGAGAAGGGGAACCAGUUUGUGGCACAGCAUCUGUGGAGGCUGUUGGAGAGCAGGGUGGAGGAGCUGCCCUUCAUCCUGCCUUACUGGGGCGACGUAGACCCUAAACAGCCAGAGAGCAGUCUACUGUGUGACUGAGAGGGGAAGGGUAGAGAUGAAGCCUCAGGUCCACCCAGUUUUAUGUCAGCUAUGGUAAUGGGAUGACACUGAAAGGGGUUGGAAUCAGUCUUCAUUCCAUCGGACUGAAAUGUAUAACACCAUGAUGUGACAUGUUUUAAAUGUUGUACAAUGUUUGAUUUCCUGAGGUCUGUGUUGAAACACAUAUUCUUUAUUUUUAGAAUGUGUGUUUCACUGUAAGCAAGAGGCCAGUUUAAAGUGGGCGUGCACAUUUUAUUAAUUCAGGUCAUUCAGUACACCCUGAAAAUUAAAUGUAAGACAUACGGAGUUGAUGAGUUUCCCUCACAUCUCGGAGCAAAAACUAUGGUGUAGGCUUAUACUCGAUGUCUGCGGACCAUAGCCAAAUAUUAUAGCAAAGCUGCAGAAUGCCCUUGGCCCACAAGCAAGAAACAUUUCAACAUAUACGUAAGUACUCAUCACCUAAUAUAUAGGAAAUGGUGAAAAGACAAACAGUAUUUUGCAUAAUAUUCUACAAGCUGAUAGGUAUUCAUUCAUCAUUGGCACAUUAAUAUUCCAAAGUGGGGCUUACGGAGCUUAGAAAUUGCAUUUCCCAUUAGUAAGCACAAGUUCCAGCUGGGGUGAUAUUGUGACAUUCCCAUUGCCUACAGUACAUAUAAAGAAAUAAGGAGCGGUGGUCAACAUGAAAAACAUUUAGGCUCAACUUCAGAAAUAAGGCACUAGUCUUUUUUGUGUGGAUUAAAAUAAAUCAGAGGUUGGUUUACAAACAAUGUCUGAAUGAAUGAAUAGUCCCUCAUCUUCCAAUGUGUUGAAUGAAUGGUGAAAUAAAUCACUUACUUGCAACCUUUGGGAUGAAGAACAAAGUUCAUAGGUCACAACAGUGUAAUCAACAUCAGGCCAUACACAACAAUAUAAAAAUGUAUCAUAAUUAUUUCACUACAAAUGAAACGGAACCAAUACUUGAAUAGAGUGGAGACAUAAGUUUUAAAUUCAUGUUAGGUAAGUUUGAUGCAGCACUCUUUUCCUGUUGGGUUUAGAUUACCAGAGAAAAAUAUCUUCCUCUGCAACAGUUCAACCAGUCCCCUACGUUUUAACACUACCCUUUGGCAUCCAUUUAACAGCUGAAUUACUUAAGUAAAUAAUACAUGCAUGUUUUUUGACGAGGUGAAAAACCAGGAAAUAUCAGAAAUAAAGGCAAAAUACAUUUCUUACUGACAUGACAACAGAAAGUGACAUGACUAAACAGACAUUUAAAAUAACUUUUCUUUUCUUCAUAGCAUGAUUCAAAGAUGACACACUAAAGCCUAACCAAUAGUUGAUACAGUCAUGGCAGUGGUAUACCAACCCAUUUGAAAGAACAUGUCCAAAACUACACUGUCUUGCCUGUAUCUGAGUGGGUGGUGCCAAAGAAAGCACUUUGCUUUGACUCUUGAAACUAACAAGGCACAAAUCAUUUCUUACCCACACACAA